AAAAACUAACAAUAACCCAAAUAUUUCAAUAUCGGCAGCCAUAUUUUUUAUAUAAACAAGCACUACUGCGUAUCUUAAUUUACUUGCGUUUGCGUUGCUUGUGCGAAGCAGGCUUUAAAGUGCCCCUAAUGUCUAAUCACAGGCCUUAUGUAAGUUGAAGAUAUAUUCAUAAAAAACAUCUGUUUUGACUUGAUUCUAAUCUGGAUUUUCUUAAAAUUUUGAAAUACUUUUAUAGGUCUUGCGAUGCAGGGAAGUUUACGACUCCAGUCUCGACUAGGGAUUAUGCGAACCUUUGCAUAUGAAUGUCUUAAUUGUGGUUAAGCAUUUUUUGCAGAAGAAGUUUGCUACAACAUCAACGGGAGAGGCACAGUAGUUGUCGAGAUAUUUUAUGCCCCAAUUGUGAAAGGAAUAUCACUCGAAAACAUCAUCUGAAAAGACACCAAGCUAAUUGUAAUGGUGGCUCUUCAAAGAGGAAGCUGGAGGAUAAAGAAAACUCUUUACCCUAAAAAAAAAAAAACAACAGAAAACGAGUGACAAAGAGAUUUUUAAAUAUGAGUUGAAUAACAUCCCAGCACAGAUGUUAGAAGAGUAUGAUGGUGAAAUCUUGGGGGAUGAAGAAGAGAUCAACACUGUAAACCAAGGUGGUGGUGGAGAGACAAAGGAUCAGGUUUCCACCACCAACCCUUGGAGGCCACAGAAAAAAAUAAAGUCAUCCUUACUUGAAUAUCAGAGAGAAGGCUCAGGCUGGCAACUGGAUGAGGUAUUGCACUUGGAUCUGGGAGUUGUUCCCUACACUCCUCUGAAAGGUGCCUGCUAUCUCCUGCUUCCCAAAAGGAUCAAAGAUAAAAAGGCGGUCCUGAACAUCCACAACCAACACCGAAAAUGUUUUCUUUGGUCGGUCUUGGCUGCAAAGUAUCCCAUUCAUCGGCGUGAUCAACCUCAUCGCGUCCAACAUUAUAUGAGGUAUGAAGACGAAUUAAAUAUGGAGGGCAUCGAGUUUCCCGUAAAGAUUAGUCAAGUAGGGAAAGUUGAGCGACAAAAUUCUGGCCUCAGUAUUAACAUUUUUUGUUUUGAAAAUAAUGAGCUCUUCCCACUGUAUAUUACAAAGGAUAAAAAAGAAUUCCAUAUUAAUCUAUUGUUAUUUUCUCAAGGUUGCCAAAGGCAUUAUUGCUUAAUCAGGAAUUUAGAUCGAUUGCUAUCUAGUUUAACUCAAAAUCAUAAUCGCAUGUUCCACUAUGUGUACUGCUUGCAUGGCUUCGUCAGAGAGGAUUUGUUAGGGGCCCAUGAACCUCACUGUGGGCUUCAUAGUGCUCAAAAGAUACGCCUUCCUGAUGAAAACCAGGCUACCCUGGCUUUUAAAGAAGUGGGAAAGCAACUCAAAGUCCCGUUUAUUGUUUACACGGAUUUUGAGUCCAUUUGAGUGGGACCCGAAAUACUCAACACCAUCAGCCUAGUGGGUUUUGCUAUACUAUAGUGUCUACAGUAGACCUGUAUAACAAACCCCCGGCGGUAUAUCGGGGAGUAGAUGCAGUGGAUAAAUUUAUAGACUGUUUUUUACGCAAAGAGAAUCACAUUUCAGAAAUUUUAAAAACAGUUGUGCCUAUGAAUAUCAGUGCAGGACAGGAACGCGAGUUUCAAGCCGUCAUUGAUUGCAAUAUCUGUGGAGAGGUCUUGGGAGCUGACAGGGUUCAGGACCAUUGUCAUUUGACGAGCGCUUAUCGUGGGGCUGCCCAUAAUGAGUGCAAUAUCAAUUAUUCUUGGUUUUCAUGUGACGUCAUACACCUAUCAAAUGUUAUCGUCCGCCAUGUUGGUGUCGCACGAGCUAAUUAGCAUAUGUCAUAUAACAGAGAGAUGCAUGUGUUUUGAAGCGGAGAAUAUAAAUGUCGCGUGAUUUUAUUGAAAAUACAGAAGAUAAAAGUCA